AUGACGGGCAAGAAACGGCAGCAAUCACCUAAGAAAAACGUAGAUCUCGAACAUUUAGUUCAUCAGCGAUUACAAAUUAAAAACAAUAUAAUUCGAAUUAAAACGGGUCUUGAAGAAAAAACUUUAUCGUUUAAUCCAAUCGAAUUAGAAUGUCGAUUAGAUAUUUUAAAUUCAUAUAUUGACGAAUUAAUGAAUUGUCAGUCGGAAAUAGAAUCAAUUGAUCGUACUGACAAUUCCCGCGGUGAAUUGGAAGACAUUUGUGUUGGUGCAAAAGCACUACUAAUUUCACAUGUCAAUGAAAGACGAAAGUCGAGUGCAGUUGACUAUUCUUUUAGCAACCCACACCAAUCACGACUUCCAAAAAUGUCUUUGCCUAAAUUCAGCGGCAAAUACUCUGAGUAUAAAAAUUUCAUCAGCCUUUUCGAAAGUUUAGUAGACAACGAUCCAAUGCUUCCGGAUAUUGAAAAGUUCAAGCAUUUAAUUUCCUGUUUAUCAGGUGCAGCUUUAGGAACAGUUAAGGCUUUCCAAAUUACAGAACAAAACUAUCCGAAAGCAUUAGCGAGUUUAAAGAAAGUCUACGAUAAUAAUUUUUUAAUCUUUUUCGACAAUGUUUCAACACUUUUCGAAUUGAAAGAAAUUUCCAAACCAUCCGCGUCUUCAUUGCGAAGCAUGAUCGAUACAGUUUCUGCAAUUUAUGAUUCGCUUCUUUCAUUGGGAGAUGAAAAGAAUAUAACAAACGCGAUCAUUAUACACUUAGUUAUGUCAAAGGUGGAUGCAGUCACAAAGUCAAAAUGGGAAGAACAAUUAGAUUUCAACACUCUUCCUUUAUGGAAAGAUUGUGAAGAAGCUCUUAAUAAAAGAUAUCAGGAUCUUUCUGCUGAAAAAGCUUCAAGUUCAAAAUUCAAGUCUUCCGAUAAGCAAUCCAAACCUAAUCAAGAUUCAAGUCGUUUUAAAAAUCAAAGAUCUUCAUUUGCUUGUGUAAACUCGCGACAAAAUAAAUCCAAAUGCAUAUAUUGCAAAUCAAACGAUCAUUAUAUAACUACGUGUCAAAAUUUUACUUUAUUGCCUGUCCAGCAAAGAUUCGAAUAUGCUAAAGGUGUUCCAAUUUGCAUUGACUGCCUUCGAAAAGGACACACAGUUUCGAAAUGCAAAAUGAGUCGAUGCAGCGUUUGCAAUCGAUCUCAUCAUACAUUACUGCACCAGUACGAAUCAUCUUUUACUAGUUCACCGACACAAGCAUCAACAAGUUUUCAAGCUAUGCAUGCCUCUGUUUCGAGUGAUAAAGUUAUUCUUGCCACUGCAAUCGUGCAAAUAAAGGGCAGUUCUGGAGAAUAUAUGCCAGCUCGAGCAUUACUUGAUUCUGGCUCUCAAUUAAACUUCAUCACAGAAGAAUUAGCCCAAAGAUUAAAACUUCGAAAAGAAGAAAAACCUCUGAAUCUGCUUGGCAUUGGAAAGGCAAGUACUACGGUAUAUAAAAAAGUACAUGCAGAAGUUAAAUCAAGAUUUAAUGAUCAUUCGUUUUCUGCUGAUAAUUGGGUAAUGAACUCAAUAUCGUCAUAUCAGCCGGAUCAAGCAAUAAAUACUUCGGAUUGGAAUAUUCCAUCCAACAUUCAACUAGCUGAUCCGUAUUUCAAUAAGCCACAAAAAAUUGACCUACUUAUUGGAGCAGACACAUUUUUUGAAUUGUUGUCAGUUGGUCAAAUUAAACAAGGUCCCGAAUUUCCAACUAUUCAAAAGACACUUCUUGGUUGGAUAAUAUCUGGGAAAUACCCCAAGGGUACAAAUAAAAAUACCAAAUAUUGCAAUCUGGUAUGUCAGUCUGAAGAUUUAUCAGAUUUAGACGAAAAGAUACCAAAACUUUGGUUAUUGAAAGAAAUUCCUGGAGAAACGAAAAAAUAUUUCACUCCAGAACAACAAUUGUGUGAAAAGCACUUUGUUGAAAAUACAAAACUUUUGCCGACAGGUCGUUUUGAGGUAAAACUUCCAUUCAAAUUAUCCUCAAACUCGCUUGGAGCAUCAUUCGAAACUGCCAAACGCAGCUUUCUCGCACUUGAGCGAAAGCUAUCCAAAGAUAGCAUUUUGAGAGGCAUGUAUAUGGAUUUCAUGAAAGAAUACAUUGCGUUGGGUCAUAUGUCACCAACAAAUAAUGAAAUCCCAAAGGGCCCGCGCUAUUUCAUUCCACAUCAGUGUGUUUUGCAACCGCAGAGCACAAGUACAAAGUUGAGAGUUGUUUUCGACGCCUCAAGUCGAACAUCUACUCAACUAUCACUGAAUGACACCUUGAUGGUUGGGCCAACCAUUCAAGAGGAGCUAUUUUCGACGUUGCUCCGUUUUCGUAGACACAAAUAUGCCAUUACGGCUGAUAUUACGAAAAUGUACCGGCAAGUUCUUGUUGCUGAAGAGCACACGAAAUACCAGCUCAUAGUGUGGAGGCAGCAUCCGUCACAACCACUGCAAAUCUUUCGAUUAAACACUGUAACGUAUGAAAUUCGAGAUUCAAGAAAUCCUUACAAAAGGAGGGUUUCAAUUAGCCAAAUGGUUUUCAAAUCAUCCAGAGUAUCUAAAUACUGA